AUGUCGCUCUACUACGACGCAGUGUCAGUCCUGACAGCCCCCGCAACGGGUGGCUCGUUCAAGUCGCGCAUCUACAACGCCCGCAAUGUCAAAGCGGCGCCGGCGCAGAUCUACGCUCUCAUCAUCGAGGCCGCGAAAUGGGACAUCCUGUUGAAAGAGGUGAUUGAGGCGGCGGGGAUCGUCAAAGUUGAGCCGAAGCUCACGCCCACCCUCGCCCUCCUCCUCGUCCACGACCUCCUCCUCGCGAAGAACGGCAUCGCCGCCAACGCAAACCACCCGCUCCGCCAGGCUAUCGAGCGCCAUAAGACCCGCCUGCGCGGCGAGUUUACGAAAGCCCGUGUGCGCCGCGGCUGCGCCUCCGUCGCCGACCUCAAGGCCGCCGUGCUGCGCGAGAAACAGGCGCUGGGCGGCCCCGUUGCCGCCGCCGUGUAUCCGCGCUGGGUGCGCAUCAACAAUGUCCGCACGACGCUGGACGCGCAGCUGCGCACGACCUUUAAGGCUUAUACGCGGGUCACGUCGCUGGCGGAGCUCGGUGGCAAGGACGCGGCGCGUUUAUACGUCGACCCGCACGUGCCGGACCUGGUGGCCGUGGCGCAGGGCGUCGACUUCACCGCGUCGCCGGCGUACAAGAACGGGUUGAUCAUCCUGCAGGAUAAGGCCUCGUGCUUCCCCGCGUAUCUGCUGCUGGGAGAUGAGCCGUGGACCGGCGACUUGCUGGACGGCUGCGCGGCCCCGGGCAACAAAACGACCCAUAUGGCCUCGUUGCUGGCGAAGAAUACGCCGGCGCAGGCUGGUGGCGGGGAUUCGUCGCCGCGCAUCUUCUCCAUGGACGCCUCCGCCGUGCGCUCUAAGACGUUGCAGAAGAUGGUUGCGGCCGCCGGCGCCGACAAUACUGUCACCGUCCUCCCGGGCCAGGAUUUCCUCGCCCUGGACCCCACCGAGUCCCGCUUCGAGAAUGUCACCGGCCUCCUCCUCGACCCCAGCUGUUCCGGCAGCGGCAUCAUCGGCCGCGACGACGUGCCGAAGCUCGCCCUCCCCGCCGGACCAGCGUCCGCGCCGUCGAAACUGCAGUCCAAGAAGCGGAAACGCAGAGACGAGGACGAUGCCCCAAUCGCGUCCCCCAAACCCACAUCCACAUCUACAUCCACAUCCACCUCUGCGACGGACGAAAACGAACUGUCCAGCGCAACCCUCGACCCCGCCCGCCUCACCAAACUAUCCAACCUGCAGGCCCGCAUCGUCGAACACGCCCUGGCCUUCCCCGCCGCCAUCCGCGUCACCUACAGCACCUGCUCGAUCCACCUCAUCGAGAACGAGGCCGUGGUCUCCCGCGUCCAAGCGUCGGAGGUCGCGCGUGCGCGCGGCUGGCGCGUCAUGCGCCGCGAGGAGCAGCCCGCCGGCAUGAAGGCGUGGCCGCAUAGAGGCGUGCGCACGGAGAGCCGGUACGGGGAUGCCGAGGGGGAAUGUGCGCCGGAGGGCGCUGCUGCGGCCGUGACGCUGACGGAUGAGGAGCUGGAGGGGUGUUUGCGGUGUUGGCAGGGGGAUGAUGAGGGGCUGGGCGGGUUUUUUGUUGCUGGGUUUGUUCGUGAUGGUGAUGGUGAUAGUGAUGCUGACGGGGUGCGGCUGGCUGCUGCUGCUCCCGUGGUGACUGAAGCGGAGGUUGAAGGUGAAGACGAGUGGGCGGGAUUCUCGGAUUGA